AUGCCGGAGAGCCUUCGCUUCAUAGAAAUUUGGGCAGUGCGAAUAUUUGUACUCUUAGGAUUCAUCGCUAUCGGACCCUGGUUACUACUCAUCAUUUACGACGCGUUACUCUAUGUCUUCCGUACAGCGACCUACGAAAUCCCAUAUAUUGGCGGUAGAGCAAGGAAUCGACCGCGUCCAAGAGCUCCAAGCCUGAGCGAGAGACCGAAUGGCAUAGCGCGAAGGUUAACAUUACCGGGAGUUUCUGCAGCAGGUGAAGCUGCAGAUAUUGCUUCGGGGCUUAAGAAAAGAGCGCAAAAGCUCGGCCAUGAUAUAAACGACGGAUCUGCGGUUGAAGAAUGA